CUAAUCGGCACUCAGCAGCAUAUCUGCACAUGCUCUGUCCAGGUUAAUUCUUUGAUCCGGAUUACGGAUCAUUAAUUACGCCACUGGAAAUAGUGAAAGUAAGCAUCAAAAGAAUUAUGCUACCACAUCGAUUGCCUCCUGGAUAUCAUAUGAAUAUCAGAUAUAUGACAUUAUUUCACCAGAAGUGUCGACAGGAUUUUUAUCCAUCCAGUAAUGUAAAAAGAUUUACAGUACCGGAUGAAAAAAUACCAUGGACAGUCGAGUAUCCCGAAUAUAAACCGGUUGUGUAUACCGCUGCUGCUCUUAAGGAUAAAUCCUGGGCCGAUCCAGAAAUCAAUGAACCUACUUUCAAACCAAAAUGGAAUGCGAUGGAUGACAAGGUGAAUCGAAAGAGUUUUAUGGGUAACUAUGUCGUAAACGCUAAUGGUUACCCCUUAAAUCCUGUGGGACGAACUGGUAUCGUUGGACGAGGACUUCUCGGUCGAUGGGGACCAAAUCACGCUGCAGAUCCUAUUGUUACACGGUGGAAACGCGAUAAUGCAGGAAUUGUAGAAGUAGACAAGCAAACAGGAAAACCCGUGUUACAAUUCGUCGCAAUACAGAGGCGAGAUUCCGGUGAAUGGGCCAUACCAGGGGGAAUGAUUGAUUCAAAUGAAACGAUUUCUACCACGUUAAUGAGAGAAUUCAUGGAGGAAGCGCUGAACUUUUUAAAAAUGAAUGAUGCUGAAAGAAAGAUUCUUCAAAAUUCUAUAAUGGAAUUCUUCACAAAAGGUGACGAGAUUUACAAGGGAUAUGUGGACGAUCCGCGAAAUACUGAUAACUCUUGGAUGGAGACAGUAGCUAUAAAUUUUCACGACGAGGAAAAUAAUAUCGUUGGAAAGUUGAGAUUGAAGGCUGGAGACGAUGCGCGUAAUGUAAGAUGGAUGGAUUUAAAUAAAGAAAUAAAUUUAUAUGCCAAUCAUAGUGAUUUUGUAAACACAGUUGUGUCGCGACGCAAAGCGCACUGGUAAAACGCAGUGUAUAAUUACCUCGAUAAUCUCAUAUAGGAUAAGAAAAUAUUAAAAAACUAAAUAAUUAUUUAAAAAAUUAUUUUGUAUUAUACUAUAUGUACACAUAUACUAUACCUACAUAUAUCUAUAAAAUACUACAGAGCACAAGAGUAAUAAACAUUACUGUCGUCAAAC